UGGUGGAAAUCUACUGUUGCCAGGUAGGUGUGGGGCAAUUCCGUCAUUCCAAUUUUCGUACCCUGUUAUAAAAUCGAAGAACCAGAACCCUAAUACGCCUCACGCAAGACAGAUCUACGGAAUUCGGCCGAAGCUCUUUGAAAUCUCUCUCAAGAUGCAGAUCUUUGUGAAAACUCUCACUGGGAAGACCAUCACCCUUGAGGUGGAAAGUUCUGACACGAUUGACAAUGUUAAGGCGAAAAUCCAAGACAAGGAGGGGAUCCCGCCUGAUCAGCAGAGGCUUAUCUUUGCUGGUAAGCAACUUGAGGAUGGCCGCACUCUCGCGGACUACAACAUUCAGAAGGAAUCGACCCUUCACUUGGUUCUUCGAUUGAGGGGUGGAAUGCAAAUCUUCGUCAAGACCCUUACUGGAAAGACAAUUACCUUGGAGGUGGAGAGUUCUGACACCAUUGACAAUGUUAAGGCUAAAAUCCAAGACAAGGAGGGGAUCCCACCUGAUCAGCAGAGGCUUAUAUUUGCUGGUAAGCAACUUGAGGAUGGCCGCACUCUUGCGGACUAUAACAUUCAGAAGGAAUCGACCCUCCACUUGGUUCUCCGAUUGAGGGGUGGGAUGCAAAUCUUUGUCAAAACACUCACUGGAAAGACGAUCACCUUGGAGGUGGAGAGUUCUGACACCAUCGACAAUGUCAAGGCCAAAAUCCAGGACAAGGAGGGCAUUCCCCCAGACCAGCAGAGGCUGAUCUUUGCUGGCAAGCAGCUUGAAGACGGGAGGACCUUGGCUGACUACAAUAUCCAGAAGGAGUCUACCCUCCAUUUGGUGCUUCGCCUUCGCGGUGGGAUGCAAAUAUUUGUGAAGACCCUCACAGGGAAGACUAUCACAUUAGAGGUUGAAAGUUCUGAUACCAUUGAUAAUGUGAAGGCCAAGAUCCAAGAUAAAGAGGGCAUUCCUCCUGAUCAACAGAGGCUUAUCUUUGCUGGAAAGCAGCUUGAGGAUGGCCGCACACUUGCUGAUUACAAUAUCCAGAAGGAGUCAACCCUUCACUUGGUGCUUCGUCUCCGUGGUGGCAUGCAAGUCUUCGUGAAGACACUCACAGGAAAGACCAUCACUUUGGAGGUUGAGAGCUCAGACACUAUUGACAAUGUGAAGGCCAAGAUCCAAGACAAGGAGGGGAUCCCACCAGAUCAGCAGAGGCUUAUCUUUGCUGGGAAGCAGUUGGAGGAUGGCCGUACUCUUGCUGACUAUAACAUUCAGAAAGAGUCGACUCUACACUUAGUGCUGCGUCUUCGUGGUGGAAUGCAAAUUUUCGUGAAGACACUCACUGGAAAGACCAUCACUCUUGAGGUUGAGAGCUCUGAUACCAUUGACAAUGUGAAGGCUAAGAUCCAAGACAAGGAAGGGAUUCCUCCAGACCAGCAGAGGCUGAUAUUUGCUGGCAAGCAGCUGGAGGAUGGGCGCACUCUUGCAGAUUAUAACAUCCAGAAAGAAUCUACCUUGCAUCUUGUCCUCCGUCUCCGCGGCGGUUGUUAAGAUGUGAUUGGGUCUUCAGUUAAGUGCUCAAGGGUCUGUCUUGUGUCGCCAUUGCUUGCUUAAUGGCUUUGAAUAAAUAGUUGCUUUGAACUUUUUUCUGUGGGUCUUUGGUUUAUAAUUGUGGUACUUUGUUUGGUUUGUUUAUUGUGGUACUUUCUCUAAGGUGUUUGUUGUUGAAAUGACUGGCUUAAGGUCAUUUUAUAACUAGUUAAAUAAGAGCACUUCAUGUUUCUUUUGAACCG